AUGCUGUUCACGGCAGCCCUAAGUUACUUUUUGAUCUCAUGGAGCUCGAUAUUUCUUCUCGACUACGUGUUGCGAAUUAGAAACUUCACACCUUAUGUGAAUUUUGCCAAUAAAUACGGUCUAGAGGUAGCGCCUUUCCAGGUAUGUUAUAGAUUUUUUUCCUAUCUUCCCGCUUCAAAAGAGGUACCUGUAAGUCGUAAGCUAAAAUCGCUAUGGUUCACAUUCGGUGCUGUGGCGGCUCUCGUCUGUUUGAUUGGAAUUACCAUCUACCUUUCACAUCUUGUUUAUCGAGGUGUGUUCUCACCUGUUUUCUUUCAGGAAUUAAUUCUCUUGCCUUGCAUCAUUUGCUUAUUUGGUCAUAUGUCUUUAGGUCUCGUUCCAAUUAUUCCCGGCGUGAAUCUACCAUGGGGUCACAUUCCGAUUUUCGUAAUAGUGCUGGCAGUAGCGGCAAUAAUACAUGAGAUUGGUCAUUCUGCAGCGGCAACUACCUACAAUGUACGCGUGAAUGGUUUUGGAGUAUUCUUGCUAGGGCUAUAUCCUGGAGCAUUCACUGAUAUUGAUCCCGAGUCUCUGAGUAGAAGUCAUCCGCGCCAUCGCCUUGAAGUCUUUGGUGGUGGAAUUUGGCAUAACUUAGUACUAGCUGGUAUCGCUUAUGUAAUGUUUUUAUGGACGCCCUACUUUCUUUCGCCAUUUUUUGGACAAGGCCAAGGAGUAACUGUAACAGAUGUCGACUCUCGCUCGGGUCUUUACGGCGCUGGCGGGCUAGCAGUGGGAAAUGUUGUGCUUUCAAUCGAUGACUGUGCCAUACGAAAACACGAAGAUUGGAGAGAAUGUGUGCGACAUUUGGAAAAGAAUAAGCGAGGGCAAUGUGUUCCACGUUCAGCUGUUGAAGCGUCACUGACUUCGAUGACACUAGACGAAUUGCACUGUUGCGACGACUUUGCUAAUAUCACUCAUGCUCAUAUGUGUUUUGAGUCGAUGUUGGAUGUGACUACUAACAAUCUUAAAUUAUUUGAACUUUUUUUUGCUUUUACUUAUAAUGAAUUGUUUCAGCCUGCGCAAGAAAUUGUACGUAAAAAACGGAAGAGGCAGCGACAUUUUAGCUGCCUCUCUGCCCAAUAUGUCACUUCUCAACCUACAUGCAGCAACACUUCCAGUUGUGCGGAACGUGUUUGCGUAUUCGCAGCUCUUUUCAAUGGAACGCAACUAGCUCGAAUAAAUGUAAAAGAUCAUGUGAGGCCCGUUCUGUAUGUUGGUGAUCUGGAUGAGCUUUUGUGUUUCUAUCCUGUCUUCAAAUUUGUGGCUCGCUUCUCGUGGGUACCACACUAUUGGGCUGAGUCAGUGGAACUCGUACCAAAAUAUCUCUUCACACUUUCACUAGCUCUGGGCCUACUAAAUAGUGUGCCUUGCUAUGCUCUUGACGGGCAACAUAUCGUGGUCACAUGUAUCAACUGGGCGUGCAAGACGUUCUCGAGGCGGUGCCAACUAAUUACAAUAAUCUUAUCGCUGGGGACACUAUUGCUGGCUGCCAAUGUUGUCAUCGGUUUUGUAAAGAUGGCGAUUUAG